AUGUCUGCACUUUGGUUGCGGUAUCCCUCUGGGAGUCUUGCUGGCGGGGUUACAUCCUUUAUGUCAGCAGUUUCUGUGACAGAACAAUGCAAGGUUACCUAUUGGAAUGCGAUGAAAAAUUUGGUGCAGGAAAUUUUGAACGGUGGAUAUCAAGAGUUUAACAGGGACGCUUUCGAAGAUGAAAUUUCCAAAGUAAUUCUGUUGAAGAACAGUAAGUUCAUUUAUGACGAGUUUGUUGAACUCUUGGGCGAAUUUUUAGAGAAAUCUGUGACUGAUAUUAUUUCAGAACCAGUUUCUCCCGGACUUUUAAAGAAACUUAUAGACAUGUGGCUAGAUUAUAAAACACAUUUAAUUAGGAUUCGUAGACUACUCAAAAUUCUUGACAGAAUUGUAUUUUAUGAGAAUGAGAAAUAUAAUAUAAUUUCUCUCGGAGCAAACAUGUUUUGCGAAAAGGUUGUACUUUCAAAUGCUAUGCGGUCACGUAUCCAAAAUGUCAUCAUGGAGUUGUUAAUGAACGAAAGAAAGGGGCAAAUUGUUGACAGAAUGACAUUAAAAAAAUUUUGUGUGAUCCUGAAGUGCUUCAGCCAAAGAACCUACAAAAAAGUUUUUGAAGAAGCAUUUCUUCAGAAAUCUCAAGAAUUUUAUAAAAAAGAAGCCCAGAGAUUGUUGCUUUGUAAUGACGCAGGUUCUUAUUUGAAAGGUGUCCAAUAUUUAUUAAAACGUGAAAAAGUCAGAAUAAAUUUUUGCUUGUUAGGAGAAACACAGAAGCGAAACAUUGACCUAGCAGAAGAGGAACUUAUAAGGAAGUUUUUAAAUACUGUAAUAAACAUGGAUUCAUCUGGUCUGGCACACAUGUUAAAGACAGGAAUGUAUGACGAUAUCACUUUAAUGUACACUCUUAUCAUUCGUGUUAAAGGAGGUUUACAUAUUUUUGCAGAUAGCCUUUGCCUUCACCUGCAGAAUUACUGGGAAACCUUAUUAAAGAAUGAGUGUUUCGGUGUAUCAAAUUAUGAAGAAUUCAUUACGUGUUUAUUUUGUCUCAAAGAUCAGUUAAGCAUCUAUAUCACACAAUGUUUCAAUAACAAUACUUUUCUUAAGCAAAGAACUUUUUCUGUUUUUAGAAAAGUUAUAAAUAAAAAUCGAGGGCUGGCUGAAUCGUUAGCUUUGUACGUGCAUUCGAAGCUAUGUGCGAAUACAAAAAGUGUUUUAUCGUCCGAAAAAGAUAAAUUAUUACACAACGCCAUAGACAUAUUCCGUAUGCUACACGAUAAAGACGUUUUCAAAUAUUUCUACACUAAUAAUCUCUCCCAUAGACUACUCCACAAUAUGCGCUGUGAUGAUGGUAAUGAAGAAUUCAUGAUAUUUAGUUUGAUGAGCGAGUGCUACACGCUUACUUGUGGAAUGAAAGGUAUGGUGAAAGACAUGUUUGUAUCAGCCAGACUAAAAGAAAAUUUUAAUGAAUAUAAAUGGCAUCUGAAAAAGAAAUUAAAUUGUCCUGAGAUCCAUGUACGUGUACUUACACAAGCAUAUUGGCCCUUUCCUCCUAAAGGCGAAAGCUGCAUAAUUCCAUGCAGAGUACAUAAUGCGUACGGGGUAUUUAAAAAAUUUUAUGAAGCGUUUAUGAAAGGACGACGUCUUGUACUGCUGCCACAGUUUGGAACAUGCGAGAUUAUUUCUCACUUUAGUAAAAACGUCCACUUAUCGUAUCAUCCCAUUGUUUACGAUAACCCCGAAAUACCAACCCCUAUGGGAAAAUCUAGCGUUCCGUUUCUUCCGUCAAAGUCUGACAAACAGAUCCUGCAAACACCGGCGAGUCUUAGUGAGAGAACUUGUAUCGUAACUGCUACUACGUAUCAAAUGUGUAUUCUUGUACUUUUUAAUAAAUAUCGUGAGUUGACAUUUGAAGAGAUUCAGAAAAAAACUGGAAUUCCGCACAACAACCUAAAAUUUGCUCUUCAUUCGCUAUCGGGGAGAAAUACUAACAAUCUGUUGAAGAAGGAAACAGUUAAGAAUACAGAAACGUACCAAGUAAAUAAAUUAUUUUCUCCUCUUGUGGAAGAUGUAAACAUCAUGAGGACCUUGGAUAUACGUGACACUGAAGCAGAAGAAAGACAUCUUUCAAUAAACAGACUGAUUCGUUUGGACACUGUUAUUGCACAAAUUAUGAGGACCAGAAAAACACUUCCUUUCCAUCUAAUUGUUUCUGAGGUACGUGCUAUUUUAAGAACAGAGUUCCAGCCAUCAUCGAUUUUUAUUUUAAGACGAAUAGAGUCUCUCAUAGAACGAAAAAUUUUAAAACACAAAGAAAAUUCCUGCAAUAUAUAUUCAAUAUGUUAA